AUGACGGCCACCAGUACGAACGAACCGGCAGCUUUCGAUCACAUCGAAACGAUUGUUAUUGAGGGACAACCUACCGAUAUUGUGUAUCACCGGUUUGCGAACAAGCUGUUCCUCAUCAUCACCCAACACCAGAAGGUGGCCAACGUGUACACGGUACGAAGCCACGCGCACAACGACCUAAGCGGCGACGACAGUACCACUUCCGGUGCGCCGAUAAACGGUUCGAAUCGAAUCUACACCAUCAAGCACACGUUCGGGGCCAGCUCGGAUGAGGCGGAAGCGGCCAUCCGUUACCUGAUGAACUUUAUGCAGCAGAGCGAAGAGAUAGUCAUUACCCUAGGGCUGCGACAGAUCGAUAAGAGAACGCUGGAUCAAAUCGGAGCCCAGCUGCGAAAGAUUGUGUUAGAGUAG